GCAUGCGCAGGGAAGGCCGGGUGUGACCCGCGCGUGCGCAAUGGCGGCGCUGCUGCAGUGAUAGGGGAGGGGGCGCAGCCGCCAUCUUACCAGUUGGUGGAGGAGACCGGGGCGCGGAGCGAGCGGUCGUCGGAGCGGUGGCGGCUCCCGCAGAUCUGAUCUAAGCACCAUGGGAAAGGAAGACUAAGAUUUCAACAUGAUUGGAGGCCUAUUCAUUUAUAAUCAUAAGGGGGAGGUUUUAAUCUCUCGUGUCUACAGAGAUGACAUUGGGCGGAAUGCAGUGGAUGCUUUCCGGGUCAAUGUCAUUCACGCACGGCAGCAAGUGCGCUCACCUGUCACCAACAUUGCCCGCACCAGUUUCUUCCAUGUCAAGCGUUCCAAUAUCUGGCUGGCUGCUGUCACCAAGCAAAAUGUCAAUGCUGCCAUGGUCUUUGAGUUCCUCUACAAGAUGUGCGAUGUGAUGACUGCAUAUUUCGGAAAAAUCAGUGAAGAGAACAUCAAGAACAACUUUGUGCUCAUCUAUGAACUUCUGGAUGAAAUCCUGGACUUUGGUUACCCUCAGAAUUCUGAAACGGGGGCUCUGAAAACAUUCAUCACCCAACAAGGAAUCAAGAGCCAGCACCAGACGAAGGAGGAGCAGUCUCAGAUCACGAGCCAGGUGACCGGGCAGAUUGGCUGGAGGCGCGAAGGGAUCAAGUACCGUCGCAAUGAACUCUUCCUGGAUGUGCUGGAGAGUGUGAACUUGCUGAUGUCACCACAAGGUCAGGUGUUGAGCGCCCAUGUCUCUGGCAGGGUGGUAAUGAAGAGCUACCUGAGUGGGAUGCCAGAGUGCAAGUUUGGCAUGAAUGACAAGAUUGUGAUUGAGAAACAAGGCAAAGGGACUGCAGAUGAAUCAGGGAAAAGUGAAACAGGAAGUGGGAAGCAGUCGAUUGCCAUCGACGACUGCACCUUCCACCAGUGUGUGAGGCUCAGCAAGUUUGACUCGGAGAGGAGUAUCAGCUUCAUACCCCCGGAUGGAGAGUUCGAACUGAUGAGGUAUAGAACCACUAAGGACAUCAUCCUGCCUUUCCGUGUGAUCCCCCUGGUGCGUGAGGUGGGCCGCACCAAGCUGGAGGUGAAGGUGGUGAUCAAGUCCAACUUCAAACCCUCCCUGUUGGCUCAGAAGAUAGAGGUGCGAAUUCCCACACCUUUGAACACUAGUGGAGUGCAAGUCAUUUGCAUGAAAGGGAAGGCAAAAUACAAGGCCAGUGAGAAUGCCAUUGUCUGGAAAAUCAAGCGUAUGGCUGGAAUGAAGGAGUCCCAGAUUAGUGCAGAGAUAGAACUGCUCCCCACCAACGACAAAAAGAAGUGGGCUCGGCCACCCAUCUCCAUGAACUUUGAGGUCCCGUUUGCCCCCUCCGGGCUGAAGGUGCGCUACCUGAAAGUCUUCGAGCCAAAGCUGAACUACAGUGACCACGACGUGAUCAAAUGGGUGAGGUACAUCGGCAGGAGCGGAAUCUAUGAGACGCGAUGCUAGCCCAGUGCAGCCAGCCGGCUCCCUCCUCCCCGGCCUCCCUUGGUCUCCGAGUGCAGUUGCAGAGCCUCUCUGGCCCCUGCUCUGUCCAGCGGCUGAAGCUUAGACCCUCCUGCAGCUCCGCUCGGGCAAAAAGGACGCCGGUGCCUGCUCUGGUCUCACGGAUGGAGUUGCAGCUGAAGCCGGGGGCCGAAGAGCCUGGCUCACGGCUCGCGUCUGCCCCAGGGUAUAAAAGGGCCAGUCUAACCACCAUCCCCCUUGUGGCCAUUCUAGGGAACACCUGCCACGUGAUGAAACCCCACCUCUUCCGUCGUCACUACUUGCAUCCUACCCUAGUACUUUUUUGAAAGUUCUUGUGCAUACGUACUCGUAGAAUAGUCCCGGAAACCAUAGACUGGACAAACAUUGAGUUAAUUCUGGCUUUCAUUCAUGCUACUGCUAUUGUGAUUGUCGCCCUGUAGCAAGAGGGGGCUUGGCAUUCCCCCUUCCCCGAUACCCCGCAGUGUCUUUGGUAUGGGGCCCUGCUCUCGGGAGAUUUGUGACCAAAAAGGCUGAGAGUGGCAUCUCCUCUCAGGGUUUGGGAGAGCAGGCGGGUGGGUGGGCAGCACAGCGUUUCAGAGCCCUGGAGUGCAAAGUUCUUGAGACUCUGGAAGGAGCUGACAGCACCAGCACCUUCUGUAUCCCCUUUCCCCAAAAGGACAAACGGUAUGAUCGGCAGGGUCAUUCCUCUCAUUUAGAAUUGGCCAGUAAGUCAUUCCUCUGCUGCAUUCUCCCCGCCCCCUUUCUUUUGCCCAAUUAGCUCAUGCCUUCUUCCACCAAAAGCUUUGGGUCAUUAGAAAUGCUGCUGCAACCCACCGUCCUCUGCUUCUGAUGAUGUGGUCCUCCCAUUUUGUACACUUGUGAUUUGUCCAGUUCUAAAUCCAAUAAAGUGUGUAGAACCAA